AGCUUGGUCACAUUGGGAUUGUUUGGAGUGCGGGAGUGGGGGACAAGUUUUUGUUUUUUGUGCAAUUUCUACAUGGCUGCAAGAUGCAGAACUCCAAGGCCAAAAUGGAUGAAUUCAAGAGCAAAUUCAUGGAUUUGCUGCACAAACAGACGAAUCGACAAAUGAAAAUUCCUGCAAUGGGCUUUUCGGAUUACUUCAUCCAGACGGUGACGGCGGAUACAUCGCCCAGCCAGGAGCCGGAUACCACGGAUGGGGAAACCGCGGCCGCAGGGGACACACAAAGUAACGCACAAAAAUCGGACCAGGAGAUCCUGGAGGGUAUUGACCAAUGCUAUUACAGCCCCGACAGCAAUCCGCAAUUAUACGAGCUCAAGAAAGUGCUCAACGACGGCAUAGACAACGAGCUGAUCGAAGUCACCAUUGCACAACUGCGCACUCAGCAAAAGGUUUUAACUAAGCAGGUGCUGCAAAACAUCCUGGAGCAACGGAAUGCGUGCAGCACAGAGUUUGCGUCAAUCAAUGAAACCCAGAAGAGGCUGGAGGAGUCGCUGUGGACGUGCCAGAAAGCUAGAUCCUACUUGAAUUUUGCACGAACCAACCUCACUACCACCAGUCUGGAGAUCUUGGCCAGCUAUCGCAAGCGGGAGGUGCUCAAGGAGGUGUUGGACACUCUGGUGGCUAUUAAGACGCUGCGCACUACCGAUGUGGAGGUCCAGAAACUCUUGGCGGAUCACAAUUAUAGCGCAGCUAUUGGUCUACUACUGCAGUGUAAAAGCUCCGCUGAGGCUUAUAUGCAGUUUAACUGUGUACAAUCGCUAUCGAAAAAACUUCAGGAGACUAUGCUGCUGAUGGAGUUCCAAUUGGAUACUGUUCUCAACGAAAUGGUCCUGAGUUUCGACGCACGCAAAUAUGCGAAGCUUCAAGAGGCCUAUAAGCUAGCCAACAAAUCCCUUAUGGCCAUGGAUCAACUGCACAUAAACUAUAUCUCGGCAAUUCACUCUUCGGUGAAUUCCGUGCUUCGUGGAUACAGUGAUCCCUGCCAGGAUGAUCAGGCGAAGCCGUUGUACGAACAACUAUGCGAGCAGCUAGCCGUGGAAAAGCUUUUGCCUUGCCUCAUCAGCCUGUGCAAAACUUUUUGGACCAUUUUGGCCUCCUAUUAUCAGGUUGUUAUGUGGCACAAUAACUAUAAGCUUUAUGGGCACGAUGUAGAGGAUUCCCCAGACGUUUAUAUUCAGCAGAAACUAAAAAAGGGCCAAUCGCGUGUUUGGAAUGACAUUCUGACCAAAGUGUGCCUAUUCCUGCAGUCGGCCAAGCUAAAGGCGCUCAAGUACGACCAGUUUAUACAGCUGCUGUCCGUGGUGCAGCGACUUAAGAAGGUGGGCCUGGAGUUCUGCGGCGAGCAAUCGGAUAAACUGAUUGAAACGAUGCAACAUCAAAGCGAGGAGUUUUUCCGGACCUAUCACAUUUCCUGUGUGGAGGAAAUCUGCCUAUUCCUAGACAACGAGUCCUGGACGCCAGUCGAUUCGUUUUCGCACAUCCUUCAACUGCCUGAAUUUCGAACUGUUCGCCACACUCUGAGGCGACACAAAUCACCAACAACAGCCUUGCUGCCCUCUUCUAACAACUCUCCCAUUAGCAAUAACAACUGCGACGAGUUAGUCUCCGUUCAUUCCCAGGAUGGUGGCAGUUCUAUUUACGGUUCCUAUGGCUAUUUCCUCAGAUUCUCCGAGAAGAGUUCGCCCUUUGACGGAGGACUGGAUGCUGCAAUGUUGGAGGAGGACAUCUUAUCCGGCAUUGUUGACGAGGCUUCUUGCUAUUUCAGCGAGGAAAGCGACGACGAGCAGAAAAGUCUGCAGAGCAAAGAAUUCGACGAUGCCAGCAAUCAAUUGUUGGUAAACAACACAGCCCUGAAUGUUCUACGUUGUAUCGGUCGCUACCUUCAAAUGUGCAAACUGUUGCAUUGUAUUUCUCCCAAGAUUGUGUCCUGCAUGCUGGAGCUGAUUGACUUCUAUGUUUAUGCGGUGCAUGAGAUCUUUGGCAAAGACGCACUAGUGGCGACGGAUAAUUUGUAUACACGAAGUCUGGAAAUGCGAUUACAAACUGUGGAGACGAACGUCCUGCCCCAAAUCAAAUUGUGGCCUCUAAACUUUUCAUCGCUGGCCAACAAUGAAUUGGUUAAUCCAGAUACACUCUACGGCCUGUCACAACGAAUCGUGGCCGUUGAAGCUGGACGCAGCAUGCUGCAGCAGUUCCAAAUAUUGCAACACUAUCUCAACCACCUGUUGCCUGUCUCUGAACGUCCCAUACUUUCCAGUUAUCUCGAGUACAGUGAUUACAUGUUGGAUCUGGCAAAACCCGUUUACACCUGCGUUACCUCUCGUGUAAUCGAUUUGUCGGCAAUUCUGUCACAAAUGGCCAAGGUGAAAUGGGAUGUGAAUCAUGUGAUACAUCAGCACAGCAGCUACAGCGAUGUGUUGAAUAGGAACAUUCAGAGCUUUGCCAUGUGUUUGGAGGAGAUCGCGAAAGAGGUACCUGUACCCAGCAAGCAUGUGUGGAAUUCAAUGGCCCAUGUUGCCACGCACCUGUUGGUUGAGGGAUUCUCCAACGUGAAGAAAUGCUCCGCGGGAGGGCGAGCUCUUAUGCAACUGGAUUUUGCUAACUUUAUGUCUUUCCUGGAACUGAUAUCAAACCAGAAGUACCCGCAGCAUCGGUCUUAUGUAGACGUGUUUAUUAAAACAUACUACUUUGCGCCCGAACAGUUCGAGCAAUGGAUCGAGCAGCAACGACAAAGCGACGAAUAUUCCGCAAAGCAGUUGACCAGCCUGAUUCAGUGCAUUUUUAUCAAUGAUAAACGCACAAGGCACAGGCUGCUCCAACUGCUCGAUGGUGGAUCGGUCAAUGGGCUAAUCAUGUCCACGACGCCGACAUCCACUCCACAGAAAAACAACACUGGACCAGUUUCCAGUUCAAAUCUAAGCAGCGUUAUCUGAGUACUUUGAUUCUAUUUAUUUUGUUGUUCCUUCCGAAUAAUCUUGUUAGUAGAUGAAUCUUGUGACAUUCUGUGUAUUUAACAUUCCGUUUAGUGCAAAUUAACAAUUGUUUAGGCUAAAACUCUUCCUAAGUUAUACAGGCGAUCUCCAUGAUGUACUUCUUUUUGAACCUCAAACUAUGAAUCUCCCUUCCCCUCUUAAGCGCAAUCAGCUCUCUUUUUCGCUCUCUCAGAUGUAACGCAAUUGGCAACCGUAAUAAUUGAUAAUUAUAAUUGGCAAUAUGUUCAUCAUUCACCGUGACUUAAGUACCUAGAGAAAGCAGACAUACACAUACUAUAUAUACAAACAAAACACAUAUAAUUAAGACACAUGAAUAUCUAUUUAUUUUAUUACCUAUUUGUAAUAUUUAUUUGCAGCAGGAAACGGACAAAUAAUUGUAAAAAAACUGAAAUGUAAUGGUCGUCGCUUAGAUGUGACGAACAAACACACAUUAACUAUUUAGCAACUUAGCAAUUGUAACAAACUAACAAAGAUUACAUAUUUUGAGAUAUGCAUACCACAAAAA